GUUAAGGUCAAAUCAUGUUUAAAUAACUUGUUUAUAAGAAGAACUUAUAAAUAGUAUAUAAACCUAAUUGCAUCUGUAUGUAAAACCUGUUUACAAACCUUUGCAAUAUUCUGCAAUUUAUUAACAAAAUGUCAAUAUACAGCAACUGGAAAAUUAUAUUGAAUUAAAUGUACUUUUUUUAAACUAGGCCUACUUUGAAUAUGAUCAAAUAAAUCAAAUGGUAAAUUCAAAUAUAUAACAACAAAUAUAUUGUUAUGGGAAUGAAAAUAUGGAUGUUUUAUAGACCACUUCGAAAGACGUAGGCCUAACAAAGCUGGUCCAGAAGAACUUCCUAUGUCAAGCCAAAUUAGCUUUUAAUCAUUCUGAGGGUAUGAAUUUUCGAUAUCAACAUUUCAAUUUUUACUAAUAAAAAUUAUAAUACUUGAAAUCAAGAAUAGAAUCUCUACUAGUAACAAUUGCUAUUUUUGAUAUCAGUAAUUACAUUUUCACUAGUAAAAAUGUGAAUUCUUGAUAUCAACAACAGUGUUGCCAGAUUGGGUAGACAAUUUCCUUCCCAAAUUCUCAAUAAAACCCGCCCACUACAACAAAAACCAGGCCAAAUUUUAACUGCCAAAAUAAUGUGAUAGAAAUGUAUUGCAAUGUCAAUCAACAAUGAUAAUGACCAUUUUAUCUCCUUAAAAACGAACUAUGACAAGAUGAAAAAAUAUAAUUAAACCAGGAAAACCGGUAAAACGGAUCAAACAAAGCAUUAAAGAGAGUUAGAAAAUAUGACUAAUAUGUCCAGAAACCACUUCAAAGCGACAAUCAAGAAAUUAACCAAUGACUUUAACCUUCAAAAACACAUUUUGUGCAAAAGGUGUCGAUUAUAAUUAAUCGGAUUCGGAAAGCUGAGUAGGCUUUCCACUCGUUCAUGAACUUCAUUCACACACCACAGCAGCCAAAAAUGUGCAAUUCAUUGAUACAUACAACAGAACAAAAAAAUAACAGCAGCAACAAUAAUGCGCUUACCUUUGAGAGUUGCCUUAACAUCUGACAGAACUACAAUACGUCUUUCGUGAAGUAUAUAUUGCAGAACAUAUAAUGCAAAAUUUAGCAAGUCCAGCAGCUGUCAAGGACGAGUAUGAUGAACAGAAGUAACGUUAGUAGAAUCCCAUAUUCAGUUAGAUUUUUAUUAAACUGCUAGAUUAAAAGCUUUGGCUUGCCAUAACUUCCCUUAAGUUUUUAUUGAUUUAUUAUUAGUAUUUUUUCAUGGAAUUAAAUCAUACAAAUAUUUGCUUAACAUUUUAAAUUUGUUAUAAAUGUAUUCUGUCGGUUGUAUUUUGUUCAAACGUUUGUGUAGUAACCUAAAACAGGAAGUUCUUCUGGACCAGCGCUCAUUGAUUAUGGCUGCCUCCGAAACAGUGUUAAUUUUGACAGCAAAUUUUGAUUUAGUUUUAGUCAUAGUCUUUUGACGAAAAUGCAAUUUAGUUUUAGUCACAUUUUAGUCAACCCCAUCAUUUUAGUUUUAGUCUAGUUUUAGUCGACGAAAUAUGAAAAACAUUUUAGUCGAAUAAAUAUACAUUAUAUUUAGUCUACUAAAAUCUAAAUGGUUUAAAUCAUUUACUUGGUGUAAUUAAAUGUUCCAUACAAAGAUUCAACUGUUUUGACAUAAUUUACUUCACCUUAGAAUACAAUUAAACCAGGUCAUUACCUUUAUUUUUCAGAAAAUUCCAGUAACUAGAUAUGCAUUGUUGGAACGCAGAGUAUUAGACCAUGAACGACAUGUUCCAGUUCGUUCAAUUCCAUUUGACUCAAUUGACUCGUUAAGUAGGGCGUAUUCAUUCAGUUCAUUCAACCAAUGAAACGCUCUGACAGGGCUCACACUCAAAGGCUAUUGGCUCAUGGCAUGCCUAUUUGAAGAAAGAGCACACUGUCUUUGCUUGAGACAGCAAUGAAUGAGAAUAGCUUUCAAAAAGACAUAUUAUAUAAAUUGUAUUACAUUUCUUUAGUCAUGCAAACAUGUUACAUAUUUGGUUGGAAUGUACAGUUUGACUCACUUCAUCACUUCUAUAAUCAGUAGAGGACAGCGCUGGUUUCUUUUGGCUGACUCUAUGUUGCAUUUCACGUUAUGCAGCAGCUCGUGUUAAGUUAACAUUGGCAUAUAAAACCUUUGAGCUUGCCUUCGUAAUGUGUUUCGGGGUGACUCGCCUGCAGUCGCGCUUCAAGUUUGCGGCGUUUUACCGGCGAUCGUGAAGAAAAUAAGACGCUUUGUAACCGGCGUGGAGACACAGAAUACAUGCGUGUGCUUCCCCUUCUCCCAGAGACUUCUCUCUGCCGUUUAUAUGAGAUAAGCAGCACAUGCGCGCAAACUGAUGUCCGCCAGGUGGGACAAGAAUAUUUUCGUCUCGUUUUUAUUAGUUGACGAAAAUGUCAGUAUAUUUUUAUUACAGUUUUCGUUAUAAUGCAUUCAUUUUUAUUUAGUUAUCGUCUCGUUUUCGUCAGUGAAAACAUGUCGUUAACGAAUACUUUUCGUCAUAGUUUUCGUUAACGAAAUUAACACUGCUCCGAAAGCUCUAAAAUGUUGCCUUCAGAGGCAGCAUUUCAAGGUAGGAAGGCAUCAAGGCACGUCUGAAGGCGCAACCUUCUGGUCUCUCUCCUGAGGCCAACACGGAAGUGACUUUAAUUGCAAUUUAUCGACUUGCCGCCAGAGGCUCCAAAAGAGAGCAGAAUAUCAUUGAGCUACAUGUUAAAAUGGGCAACUUUACAGCAGAAAAAAAACAUGUUUACAGCCUGAUACAAAAAAUGAUUUUGGUCUAGAUAUUUUACCCUUCAUGACAACUAUGAGGCGUUGACUCACAUGUGUAUCUUAUAUUAAGCCAUAAAAUUUUGCAAAUUAGGUGCGUGGCCCCUAGAGUGACAAGUGGUUUCAGCAAACCAGGCGCCGCAGAGCUAACCACGUCCCGCCUUUUUGCCCAUUUUCGAUUAUCCGGGAGUGACGCGCGAUGACGCGAUGCCAAGAUGGCUUCAUUUUUACUCUUCACAAACCUACGGGUGACGUCACGGACACUACGUCCAUAUUUUAUAGUCUAUGGUCUGAAUCCAAUGUUGCUUUACUACCUGUCUCCCGAGAUACCUCCAUCAAGUCGAUUUUUGAAUGCAGCUUAGAUGUAUCCUUCUGCCUUCAAUGUCCCACAAUUCUAUUCAUCUGCCCCCGAGGGGGGGGGGGUCUGGGGGAUGUGAUUGGUCGAGCAAGGCCGAGUUUAAAAAAAUAAAAUGGCGUACAAGAAAGCGGCUAGAGCACAGCUUUUGUGUAAACAAAGUUCUAAUUUUUCUUUUUACAACUUUUGAUUGCAUUUCUAUCGAGAAAUUAGUAUUGUAGUUUUAAAAUAUUCGAUUAGUUUUCUCUGUUUAAAUUUCAAACAGAAUUCCGUUACGCUGCCCCUGAAGGCUGUCCGAAUGUGUUUUUCGGAGCUGCCUCAUGAGACAGCGAGGCAUCAAGUCGGCUGCCUAGGCGUUCGGACGCAGCCUACAUUAUCCAAAUCGGAUGCACGUGCCUUGCCUGAAGUUAUAACUUCUGGUCAGUGUUUGGUUAGGCUAUAUAUAAUAUAGGGCUAACAUGUUAUGUUAAUUGUAUUAAAUAAAAUCAAACUACUCAACAGGUAUUGAUUAUUUGCGUAGGUCUACCGGAAGUUUGGGCAACUAACGAUUGUUUAUGUUGUCGCUGCCAAAACCUAUAAAACUCUCAGUUUGGACUGUCAUCUCCCCUGCCCUGUUCUUCAUAAAUCACGACCUGGACUACAGCUUGCACUCAGGUGUCAUCUACCCUCAUGCACGCACAAACACCGUCUGGAAAAAGGCAACCUGCGAACCGCGGCCAAAAUAGUUCCUGACACAGUAGACGCAGGAUGGAAAUGUGUCACGUGAUGGGAGAACCUUCUUGCUGUUAGCCGAUUAACGUGCCUUCAGAGAGCUUAUCCUCCCUCUAACAGUCACAUAAACUCAUGCACACUUCCCAUCGCGCCCCUGUUCAACUUCAGUGACCUAUUCAGCCUUGAGAAAUCCUCUUUCUAAUUAACACCCCACCUCCCCCGUUCCUGUCAGUUCCCUCUGCAAUCCUUCUUCUGUGCACUGUAGGCUCCUGGUUCCCGCUUACCUGUUAGCAAUGCUGCAGUGCACUUUUAUUGCUGCUAUUUGCACUGGUUGGGGAAUGGUACAGGUGUUUUCGUCCACUGGUGAUCGAGUGCUGGGUUCUGAUGUGUGCGAGUGAGUGGUUACCUGUUGGUUCAGCUCACUGAAGGAUGUAUCGUCUGCUUGUGGCUCAGGUCCUGCUGGGCUGCUGGAGUGUGGCACAGCCAUUCUGUCCCUCCCAAUGCACUUGUGUGUACCAUGGACGCAGUGAUGGCACUGGUGCCAGGUCUGUUCUAUGCAAUGACCCUGACAUGGCAGAUAUUCCCGUCAACAUCCCUGUGGACACCGUGAAAUUGCGGGUAGAGAAGACAGCUGUGCGCCGAGUGCCCACCGAGGCCUUCUACUACCUAACAGAAUUGCGCUAUUUAUGGAUCACGUACAAUUCUAUCACUUCUGUGGACACUGGCAGUUUCUACAACCUGAAGGUUCUUCAUGAGCUACGACUGGAUGGGAACAUGAUCGCUACCUUUCCCUGGGAGUCUCUAAAAGAGAUGCCCAAUCUGAGGACCUUGGAUCUGCACAACAACCGGUUGACUAGUGUUCCUGUGGAGGCAGCACCCUACCUGGCUAACAUCACUUACCUGGACGUAUCCAGUAACAAGCUAACUACCCUGCCCUCUGACCUGGUGGACAUCUGGCCUCCGUUUUCAGGUGCCCUGCAGAGUGCCAACCCUUCACAAAAGAUUGUUCUUGGUCUGCAGGACAAUCCUUGGUACUGUGACUGUCGUAUUUCCAAGCUCAUUGAGCUGUCAAAGAUGGCCAGCACACCUGUGGUGUUGAUGGAUCUGUUUCUGACAUGUACUGGGCCAGAGAACUUAGCUGGUGUUCUGUUCCAGCGGGCUGAACUGAAUCAGUGCCUGAAGCCAUCAGUUAUGAUGUCAGCAACGAAGAUCACAUCACCGUUAGGGAGUAAUGUGCUCCUGAGGUGUGAUGCCACGGGUUUCCCUACACCCACCCUUAUCUGGAGCAGAGCCGAUGGAUCAGCACUCAACAACACAGUUGUGCAGGAAUCUCCUGGUGAGGGGGUUCUUUGGUCCAUCCUCAGUUUGCAUAGUAUCGUGUUCAAGGAUGCUGGCGAUUACCGUUGCAAGGCCAAAAACGUUGCAGGGAAUGCCGAGGCGUUCAUCACCCUAUCUGUGGAUGGCAUGGAAACCUCAAUGCAGUCGCCAAAAGUGACCAAAAGGCCCGAUGUAGAUGACAAACUUGUUGAUCAAACCGUGAUUUCUGUCACAGAGACCUCAAGGAUUCUUGUUUCUACAUCUCUAAGCACCGCCAGAUUUACGACCCGAGAUGCCAUAACCACGCAGUCCCCUCUACCACCCAAGAAGAAUCUGGGACCUGGUGGAGGACUGCAAAGGUCUCCACCUGCCGACAGACCGGCUAAAGUCCCGCAAAGCAAGAGUUUAUUAAAGAAUGGCCAGUCAAAAAAGAAAGCUGAUAUCGAAGGUGUUGAGAUAGUGGAGGAGACCAGUGACUCAGCGGUCUUACUAUGGACAUCUGGUGGCUUACCCAGCGACACACCGCUGACCGUGGUGUACUUUCCAUAUGAUGCUAAAGAUGAUAAAGAAACAUUUGAUACGGUGCUGGGGCAAGGGAAGCUCCUCCUGGAAUAUCUGAUGCCUAACCAGAUGUACACAGUGUGUUUGGUUACAAAGGGGUCUGUGUCUGGGAAAGAGCAAUGUAUGGAUUUCAGUACUCUGGAUAACACUAGAGAUGAUGGACAAAGCAAAUUUAUGAUGAUCGCCAGUGGGCUUGCAUGCGUAAUUGUGGUGCCUCUCAUCGUAGUGCUGGUUUACAAGAUCUUGUGUCUCUGCUGUAAAGGAAACAGUAGUGAGAAUAGUGGACAAGAGGAGGACCUUUCAAAAGAGACAUAUGUUAAGUUUGAGACGCUUACUAUGAAACAGAGAACACUAAACGGCCAGCCUAAUGAUCUCUGGGCCCGGAGACAGACUCAGGAGUCUGAGCGAAUGCUCCUUUGCUCACGCUCAAGUAUCGACUCUCAAAUGACUUACAAAAGUGACAGCUCUAGAUCUGAAUAUCUGUGCUAAUGUAUAGCACAUGGUGUAUCAGCAUUGAAGUGUUAUCCUAUACACACUAGCAACAUAGCUUAGCUCUUAGCUGUUGAUUUACUGUCAAACUUGCCUUACCCGAUAUUUCUGCACCCUAUAUUGUAUCUUGUGUCUCAUUUCUUAAUUGGUAAAUGAUUUGUAUUUUUUUCAUUCAGUCACAUAUAACGCUGUGGUUGUUUUUGUAUGAAAGGCAGUGGAUGUAAAUGUGUCUAAUGCAUUUUGUGUAUGCCAGUAUGUGAUUUUAUGUAAAACCUAAUUCAUUAAUUUUAAUACCUUUUGAUGCCUUUUGAUAUAUUUUCUUUUUUCUAAUCAGAACUGAAAGUUAAAUAUUAUUGGAAUUUUCAAAUGACUGUUUUGGUUUUGGUGAUAUGCACAUCCGUUAACAAAUGGCAGAUUUACAUUUAGUAGUAAAGUUCUUUCAGUUUCAUGUUGUUUAUGUUUGAUAUUAUCACAUUUCAAGUCAAUUGUGUCAAGGUAAGGAUCAAAUAGAAGAAUCACACAAAAACACUUUCUUAGUUACACGGUUCAUAUUCUUAAGUUUUUGAUUUGAAGUGUCCACUUGAUGUUUAAAUGAUUAUAUAAACACAACUGAUGUAUUUUUGUGUUGUGUUUGUAGUUGUGUUUGGUUUAAUAGGAGGUACAUGUGAAAACUAGUGAACGUAUGCCCUGUUGUUUGUGUAAGCGUGUCUUUAUAUGUUAUGUACAAUACACUGUAAAAUGGCUCACUUCAAAUUUUUUCUAAAGUUUUCAAUUGGCUCAGCUAAUGUUUUGUAAAUAGUUUGUGAAAUUGAUUUCUUAAAGUGCAUUAAGCUGAAAUCAGUAACCGUUGCCUCUCUAUUGCCAUCUCUUUUUGAAACAAAUGAAAUUACAAAAAGUUACUUUAUGUGCUUAAUGGGACGGUUCACCCAAAAAUAAAAACUGUCACCAAUUACGCACCCUUCCAAAUCCGUAUGAAUGUCUUUGUUCUGAUGAACACAGAGAAAGAUUUGAAUCAAAGAAUGCUUGUAACCAAACAGUUUUCCUACUAUAGUAGGAAAAAAUAUUUAUACAUUUAUUUGUUCUGUUGAACACAGAAGACGACAUUUUGAAGAAUGUAGAAAAGCAAACUGUUCUGGCGAACUUUUGACUAUCAUUGUCAUUUUUUC